AUGGCUGGUAUCGUACCGCUGUCUGGUAGAUCAGGCAGAAAACAGUGGACACUUCACGAUGGGCCUAAAGGUUCUCUUAGACGCUUACGUUCCCGAUUGGCAGAAGACGGCUGUCCAGAAUCUCAAGUAAUUUUGGCUAAGCAGUUGUUGGAGGAACAAUGUGAGCUUGAUGUUGAUAAAGAGGAAAAUGCAAAGUUGGGUGUUUACUGGCUAACAAAGGCCUCGGAGCAAGGAAGUCUAGAAGCGACUGAUAUUCUCAGAAAAUGCUUGGCAACUGGUCGUGGUAUUACGGAGCAUAACUAUUACGACGUAAAAAGUUGUCUAGACAUGACACAAGAUGAGAAGUUGGCUAGAAGAGCGGCGAGAGAGAUGUUUAUGAGUUUAUCAAACGGUGAGGAUUUCAUAACUACGGAACAAUUACAAAAAUGUAUGAGGAAUUUAUCGUCUUCAUCGAUCAGUAAUGCUUAUUAUUUUAAAUCAAACAAUACCUCUAACACACCGCAAAAGGGAUUAAGUAACAACGAUAAUGAUUGCUUUCCCAGAAAUGAGCUUCCUGAUGAUUCCUUACCUACAAAGGAUGAAGAUCGAACAAACAACAUUCAUGGUUGGACGAACCAAGGUGAAAAAAUUACAGAGGCUGCUCUGGUAUCUGCUGCUGCAAGCUAUGCACGCGGAAAGCUUCCUAUAGUGUCACGUGCUCUCUACAUGGUGGAUCCUUUCGAAUUGGCAUUGGAUACGAUACCUUUACUGCAGAGGCCAUUUAUUCAUCCAUUUACGUCGCUAAAACGUCUUUAUAGUUGGUUGGUCGAGACUUUGGGUCACAGAGGAAUGUCGAUCAACAGAGUUAUCUUUGCGUCAAAUCUACAUAUUCUUCUGUUACUGUUACUAUACUCCUUGUUCGGUACAGAAAGUCUAAUACUUUUUAUACCAGUGGCUCUCUAUUAUUUUUCGUUUGUAGUCAUGGUAGUGGCCACCUUCCAAAUGCUUCAACGGAAAUGUGAAUUUAACGAUUUCCGCGUGUGGUCAGGCCUAUUUCUUAGUUAUUCAAGCGGAAAUCUAAAUCCUGAGGAGGCAGAAUAUCAAUUCUGCCGCAACAAUCUGAAACCGUACGGACAUUUCUUUCUCGCGUUGCUACUGAACUUGAUGAUUUAUCCUCUAAUAGCCCACCAAUGGACUCCACAAUCUGAAAUCACUAUAAUAGCAGUCAUGCUCACUCUUAUCACGCUCUGUAGUUUCAUGUGGAAAGACUCUUCGCGGUUUCCCGAUUUCCUAGCCCUCUUCAGCUUCGGCGUGCAUGUACUUGCUAAGUAUCCUUACGAGACGGACAUGGUAGUGGCGCAAAGCUGGAGAUUCUUGGACAUUAGAGUACCAACAUUCGCAUCUUACGUUGUCGGCAACAGUAUAGAGUUUUGUCUAAAUUUCCGCGCUGUAUUUUACCUCUUAAUACCGGCUGUUUUCGCAAAAAUGGCUGCGAGGGAUGGUUGGCGCGGCACAUAUCGGAUUUUGAUACCCCAUUGUGUUACUCUGAGUUGGUGGCAAAUAGCCAUAUUUAGUUCUCAAGGUGCAACAUGGUACGGCUUGAUAAGAGGCGCUCUCGCAUUAGUUGGUAUGGUCCUAUUUCUUCCAAUUGCCGGUAUUGCUUCCAUCAUUUUACCGAUCGUAGCUGUUGCCAAAUACUUCUCAGAAAAUGAUUUGGCCAUGAGGAUAGCGAUUACUAUUAUACUCGGAGGAAUGCCAUUUUUUGCUUCCUGGUAUCUAAGGAAAACCAGAACAUCAAGAUUUAAUUGGAUUAUUACGCUUAUGCAAAUUGUUCUUGGCGUUGGCGCUGCGACAUUUUUAUCGUGGUCGAUGAUAGUAGAAUAUAAUCAGGAUUCCGAUGAGAUAUAUGACAUUGCUUCUACCUUAACAUGGGAUCAGUAUCAGAACUACUGUCAUCAACCUGCGUGGGAAGAAUUAUCGUCGAAGGCUCAAGUUCAGGUGCAAUGUGCUCAAUUGGAAAGCAUUCCCAUCUCAUGGGAAGGCUAUGUGACAAAUAUUAGAGUAAAAUCGAUAAAGAACAAUGUUGCAGUUGUAUUAAACAAGUUGCCUAAUAAUAUUAGAACAAUACUUAGUUGUAUGUAUGGAGAACCGUAUGAGGAAAAUUGUAAUUUGAGUGAUGAUACUCGCAGAAAAAACUGCAAGCACAUCACGAGCAUUCAAAAGAAAAGGAACAAAUGUUAUUUUCCGUCUUGGGAUCAAUAUGAGUUUGAAAUAUUUGUCAAGAUGAAAAGUGGCAUAUGGGGAAGUACCACAGAAAUUCGUCUCGUUGCGGACCAUUCUUUUACCAAUUUUAGUCUGAAUAUAUAUCCCGGCGAUAAGAUUUGGUUUACAGGCGCGCUUCUGAAUAAUGGCUUAGAAACAGAAUCUCUUCUUGGUGGUGCUGAACUGCACAUCGAUUUGGAAGAAGUAGGGUGUCUUGCAUGUAACUCUCUUGAUUCGAAAACGUCUUAUAAACGUUAUAGGUAUCGUAUAAGUUUAAGCUCUAUUAUCAGAGAUCUUUGUCUUAGCGUAAAGGUUGUAUUGAAUUUUCUGUUAAAUCCAAUUGUGAUGUUCAAGUAA